UUAUGUUUAUCGUUGUUUUUAUCAUUUAAAACGAGAUGGUGGCUUCAGAAUUGCAAAAACCCACCAAGAAAAACAGAGGAUUCUAUGUUAAGAUGAGGAUACUACACAAAGGCAGACAACCUGAAAAAAACCUCUUUUUCAAAUAUUACCAAUGGCUUCUUUGGUUUUCUUUUACCCUCUAUCUUCUCACCUCUUUCUUUGUUACUAACAAGCCAAUACCUUUGUCAAAAACCCCCGUCUUUGGUUCCAAAUUCUCCUUAGCUUCUCAUGUCCUGUUUGAACCUGUCAACAAAACCAGUCAACAAUCCAAACUCAAAAACCCAGCGACUUUCAAAGACUUGAAGAUAUAUAUCUACGGGUUAUCACCAGAAUACAAUGAAAACUGGGUUUCCAACAAGAGAUGCAGCAACCACUUGUUUGCCUCGGAGGUGGCCAUUCAUAGAGCCUUGUUGAACGCCUACGACUUUAGAACAUUCGACCCUAAUGAAGCUGAUUUCUUUUUCGUCCCUGUUUAUGUCUCCUGCAACUUCAGUACCGUUAAUGGCUUCCCUGACAUUGGCAACGCUCCAUCUCUUUUAUUCUCGGCUAUCCAACUUAUCUCCACAAACUAUCCUUUCUGGAAUCGCUCCCGAGGUUCCGACCACGUCUUUGUUGCUUCCCAUGAUUAUGGAGCCUGCUUCCAUGCCAUGGAGGAGAGAGCUAUUGAUAGUGGGAUUCCAGAGUUUUUGAAAAACUCGAUAAUAUUGCAAACAUUCGGGGUUAAUUAUAAGCACCCUUGUCAGGAGGUUGAACAUAUUCUUAUACCGCCUUAUAUCACGCCGGAAAGUGUAAGGAAGACGCUGGAAAAGGCACCGUUGACCGGCAAUCGAGACAUCAUGGUUUUUUUCAGGGGUAAAAUGGAAGUCCACCCUAAAAACUUUAGCGGAAAAUUUUAUAGCAAGAGGGUGAGGACGGAAAUAUGGCGAAGGUAUAAAGGAGAUAAGAGGUUUUACUUGCAAAGGCACAGAUUUACCGGUUACCAGUCAGAAAUUGUACGGUCAGUCUUUUGUUUGUGUCCACUUGGAUGGGCCCCCUGGAGUCCAAGGCUUGUUGAGUCUGUGGCUUUGGGCUGCGUCCCGGUGAUAAUAGCGGACGGUAUCAGGUUGCCGUUUCCCUCCGCCGUGAAGUGGGCUGAGAUUUCCCUCACGGUGGGGGAAAGGGACGUGGGGAAGCUGGGGAAGAUCCUAGAACACGUCGCGGCGACUAAUUUGUCUGCCAUCCAGAGGAACUUAUGGGACCCGGCAAUCAAGCAUACCCUACUGUUCAAUGAUCUCAUGGAAGAAGGGGAUGCCACGUGGCAGAUUUUAGUUUCACUUUAUAAAAAGCUAGACAGAUCGUACAGAAAGUCAAGGGUUUCGAGCCAGUAGGAAGAAAACCCGUCGGAUGAGUGGCCUGCUAUGGAGGUAAAUAUGGCAACGUGGAUGUGGUGUUUAUAAUGGUGGACAGCUGGGUGUGGCGGUGGCUUGGAUCGCCGGUGUGGGUGGAAUUUAUUUUAGAGGGUGGGUCUCCGGACCCACAUGAAAAGAAUCAAAAUAUUUUUUUGAUCUUUUUUGAGAUUUCUCUGCCGUAACUGAAAUAGCUAAUACAAGAUGCAUGGACAAUAUAAAUGUAAA